UAUGCGUCUUUCAGGCGACGCUGCUAGCGUGACGUAUAAUCUAGUGGACGGUUCUUCAGAAACAGCUCGUCAACAGCCUCGGUAGCUUGAUAGCUAACAUAGCCGAAAGAUUCAAGCUAUUUAUACGCUUUCGGUCUAUAUUAGCUACUGUGUUUUAGACACACUUCUGUCGUAUCUACUUGUUAACCUAUUUAAUUUAAUAUUACGUUAUUUUGUAUUAGUCAGCUAUAGUAGCUGGCUGGUUAAGUUAGCACUGGCCUAGUUGCUAAUGAUAGCUACCUAACAUCCCCGACCAUGAACUCCCAAAAAUACUCCCCUACUGUUAAAGAAGAGGAGGUCUGCUGGACGGACAAAGAAGCUCUGGGGCUGAACAUUGUUGUGAAAGAGGAGGAGGAGGAUGUUACAGUAAAACAAGUAGAGGGUGAGGCUGUUAACGUGAAAGAAAAAGAGAAAGACGUUUCAGUGAAAGAAGAGGAAGACUCGUUCAGAGUGAAAGAGGAGGAGAGGGAGAUUACUGUCACAUUGGAGGAAGAAGAGGAGGUUGGAUAUCUGUUUAAUACCAAAGAGAGACGGGACUACCAUGGGUCCUCUGGGGAGCCUCAACAACAUCAUGAUGCUGACGAGGCAGAGCAGAGUCUCUCUACAUCAGAACACCUCAAGAAACACCAGCAGAGACCCACACGGAGGAGAAUUCACUGCUGCUCUGACUGUGGGAAGAGAUUCACCUCCUCAUCAGGCAUUAAAAUGCAUCAGAGAACACACACAGGAGAGAGGUCUUAUAGCUGUGAUCAAUGUGGGAAGAGUUUUAGACAAUCUGGAAGUCUGACAGUGCACCAGAGAAUACACACAGGAGAGAAACCUUAUAGUUGUGAUCAAUGUGGGAAGAGUUUUACUACAUCUGGCUCUCUGACUCUCCAUCAGAGAACACACACAGGAGAGAAACCUUAUAGCUGUGGUCAAUGUGGGAAGAGUUUUGUUAAAUCUAGCAAGCUGACUCAACACCAGAGAUCACACACAGGAGAGAAACCUUAUAGCUGUGGUCAAUGUGGGAAGAGUUUUACUACAUCUGGCUAUCUGACUCUACAUCAGAGAAUACACACAGGAGAGAAACCAUAUAUCUGUGAUCAAUGUGGGAAGAGUUUUGUUCGAUCUGACCAGCUGACAUUACACCAGAGAACACACACAGGAGAGAAACCUUAUAGCUGUGGUCAAUGUGGGAAGAGAUUUGUUACAUCUAGCUCUCUGACAUUACACCAGAGAACACACACAGGAGAGAAAUCUUAUAGCUGUGAUCAAUGUGGGAAGAGUUUUGUUACAUCUAGCUCUCUGACAUUACACCAGAGAACACACACAAGAGAGAAAUCUUAUAGCUGUGAUCAAUGUGGGAAGAGUUUUACUACAUCUGGCUAUCUGACUCUACAUCAGAGAAUACACACAGGAGAGAAACCAUAUAUCUGUGAUCAAUGUGGGAAGCGUUUUGUUACAUCUAGCUGUCUGACAUUACACCAGAGAACACACACAGGAGAGAAACCUUAUAGUUGUGGUCAAUGUGGGAAGUGUUUUAGGAAUUCUGGUGAUCUGACAGUGCACCAGAGAAUACACACAGGAGAGAAACCUUAUAGCUGUGAUCAAUGUGGGAAGAGAUGUACUUCCUCUGGCUCUCUGACUCUACACAAGAGAACACACACAGGAGAGAAACCUUAUAUCUGUGGUCAAUGUGGGAAAAGGUUUGUUUCAUCUAGCAAGCUGACUCAACACCAGAGAACACACACAGGAGAGAAACCGUAUAGCUGUGAUCAAUGUGGGAAGAGUUUUGGUCAAUCUGGCAGUCUGACUGUACACAAGAGAACACACACAGUAGAGAAACCUCUUAGCUUUGACCAGAGAUAAUCUGAUAAAAGAUCUCUGAUCAAAUAUCAGAAAAUACAUACAUGGAGUUGUUUCAUGAUAUCAAUUAAUUAAUGUCACAAUGUAGAAUGUUUUAACAUUGCAGUAGGAGUAUCUUAAUGUCACAAUGUAGAACCCAAAAUGCCAUUUCCGCAGGAGAGUGAAAUCCUGCUGGCCUUUGAUGGGGAAAACAUCCACGCCCUCGAGGACGUCCCCAUGGGACUUGGGGCUCUGCUAGGGCUGUAUUUAUUUUAUUUUCCCUUAAAUUUCUCAAAAAUGUCAGAAAAACAAAGUUUUUGUGUUUUGGGGUGAUGUUACCAGUGUUUUGGGGUGAAGUUACCAGGGCCGGUCACAAAGAUGGCAAACUUCCUAACAUAGCUAAGUGAAUAUGAUAUACACACUAAAGCUGAAAAAUCUGCAUUUAGCAUCAAGUCUACAAUAUUGUUAGUUUACCUAUGAUUCAUUUUUAAUUUGUUUUUAUUGUACAUCAUUAUUUAAAAGAUGUUUAAAUGUCAUUAAAAGCACUAUACAAAAUAAAUGUAUUAUUUAUUAUGGUCUGACAUGUCUGCAGAAAUGUUGCAAUUUUGUAAUGUGUUUUUGUAAUUGCUUUGUAAAUAUUAAUUCACAUUUGUGGUGCCACUAAAUAAAA